GAGGAGUGGAGAGAGCUAGGCGAGAAAAUGAAAGGAGGAGAGAAUUUUCGCCGUUUUUGCCCUUUUUACACGGAAGGCUAUACACCGAACAUUAACUGUAUAUCUUAUUUUCCUUUUAACAACAAUCCCCUCGUUCUUCCUUGUUUUCUCUUCUUGGGGUCGUUUUGCUUCAAUUCCUCUUCAAAAGAAGGUUAACAGGAUAGCAUCUUAAGUGGUUUUGCGUGCUUGAGUGGAUUUGGUGAAAGCUCAACUGCCUGCCAAUAUGGAAAAACGACUGGAGCGGGAGUACUCUACUCUACAGUUUGAGAAAGCUUACCCAAGCUGCAUGCGAGGAAUAUUUAAUUUUUUCGAUUUUCACCAGCGGCUUCAUAUCAAGAAGAUGCUAUCAGACAAGAAGUAUGGGAAUCGAAGGCAUGGUGGAGGUGACAAGACUCCAAGAACGAAGCUUAAUGUCUCUGCAACUGGGGAAGCAGACACUUCUAUGGAUGAAGAAGAAGAUAGUUGUCUCAUUGAAGAUAAGACAAAAGAUAGCAGUCCAAGCAAACAAUCUGGCAGACCACGCAUAAAAACACUAAUUGCUGAAGAAAUGUCUAAAGAGAAACCACAGAAGCGGCGAACUCCAUCUUUCUCUGCACGGUUGCUGCGUACCGAGUCCAUCCAUUACUCAGAUUAUGAUCCUGAUGAAAAGUCUUCAGUUGGUGAGAGUCCAAGAAUAGGACUCCACUCACAUGAGAAUAGCCCUUCUAUGAGCAAGGCCCACAACCCAAUUUUGCCAACACCCCCUGAAAACCUAAUUCUUUCCAAUCACCAAUGCGAGGUAUGUGGGGCCAGAAAUGGCGGGAGCUACUCAGAUCACAGCCAGCUUGAUGUGCCUGCGACUCAUUUGCUUGAAAAACAAGUGCUUCUUGAGAAGCUACUGGAAGCAAAGGAAGCAUUGUUGAUGCACAACCAAUCGAAAGAGUUUCUCGAAGCGCUCCAGAUAUUUAAUGCAAACCGGGAAUUGCUUCUAAAAAUCCUACAAGACCCAAACUCCAUCUUGGAAAAUCAUUUACAAGCCUCUCAUACUGGGGAGGUGGUACUAACCAAGUGUGGGUCGUUCCCAGGAGCCAAUUUACCAGGCAGAAAUAAUCCCGAGCUUGUGAAACACAACCAUAAGCAAGGGGAAAUAUGGUCCAUUUUGAAGCAAGAAAGGAAGGUGCAAUCUCAGAACUCAUUAUUGCAGUUGAACAAUGGUAACUCUUCGGACAGUAAUUCUUCAAAGUCUAUGCCAUUAGCUGUUGAUGCAGACGGUGGUACUGGGCUGGAGUCUUUGCCAGGUUCAACCCAUGAACUGAAGAAGCAGAAGGAUAAUGGAGUAGUUUUAAAUCGGUUCAAGGACAUUAAGCAGAAGUUAAAACAUGCAAUCAGAGAGAGCAAAAAGGAGCGGCUCCGGAUUUCCAUGGAUGGGAUUCUCCAUAGAAUCCCAUACGGCCGCAAGCCUUCCAAGGAUGCAAAAUCUGUGGUGGAAAGUCCCAGAAGCAGUUAUGAGAGCGACACAGUUUCUUCCUUAAGCGGAAAGAAUACACCCAAUCGGAUUAGAAGAGCAUCCUCCCUGAAUGAGUCGCUAGAUAGAUAUUCUCAGUUGUUUGAAUCUACUUUAAGCAAAGAAGGUAAAGUGGGUCCAUCCGAGGGAUCAAAGUUGGGACAUGAUGAUGGAGCUUUGCAACCAGAGAAGCGUCCUGCAAAAACCUUUGGAAGAAUUCUCUCUUCACCUGAAAUUUGGUCUGAUUAUCCAAGCAAAGAUGAGGACAGUGAAGUGCCGCCUGAUGCUCUUCCUACAGAAAUUCCGAGUGAGGUUCCUGUUGAUGGGAAUGAGGAAGUCAAAAGCUCUAAUGCUGAUGAACAAGAAUCAGUAGAUACUCUGGUGGAUACUGGAAUGGAGUCUUUUGUAGAAAAUGCAAGUCAAGAACUUGCGGAAGCAAGUGUAAGUGAGGCACUUGAUGAAGAUCAAGAACCAUUGGUGUUGGAUACCGAUGGUCACCGAAAUGCUGAAGGGGUUGGCGUUGGGGAUGAGUUAGAUGAGUUGAAAAUGUUGAAGGAGAGGCGCUAUAUUCCCCUACAUGAGCAGGAGAUUGGGGCCAUGAAGGACGACAGUGCUGGGCCAGUGCAACCAAGUCCAAUCUCCGUCCUCCGCUCAUCUUUUGUGGAGGAUGCUUUGGAAGGUAAGGCUUUUCUCAUUUUCUAUGUGACUCGUCCGAGUCAACUCAGAAUGAUUGGACUGGAUCUGUCCGAAUCACCGAGGUUUUUUAACCUGCAUCUUCAAACCUACACAUGCAAAUAUAACACCCAAAUUACAGCAGGUUCAGAGUUGAAACCUAGACGCAUUGAUUUCGAUGAUGUUGAUCUGCAAACGGAAGCAGAUGCCCCUGAUAGGUUGGGAUCCAUAGAGUACGUUGAUGAGGUGCAGAGUCUGAGUGAGCAAGCUCAUUCUGACAUUUCGAAUGUUCAAGUGGAUAUGAAGGACGAAGCGGACUUCAACUACGUGAGAGACAUACUACAUAAAUCCAGGUUCAGCAUCGAUGAGUUACUCGGGAUGUGGUACUUGCCGGACCAGCCUGUGGACCCCUCAUUGUUUGACAAAAUCGAGUGCUCGACCCCUGACCAUGAUGGUACCCUAUAUGUUGCUGGUGGCAGCUGCGAUCACCUGCUUCUGUUCGAUCUAAUCAAUGAGGUCUUGAUUGAAAUCUACAGGAGAUCAUUCAGUUGCUGCCCCUGGCAAUUGUGCACCGAUUCCAGCAUCCGGCCGAUGCCUGUGGGGCCCCACGUUCUUGAGGAGGUCUGGGCCAGCAUCAGCUGGUAUCUGAGCUCGCGGUCGCAGCUGGACCCCAAGUUGGAGUAUGUCGUGGCCCGGGAUCUUUCAAAGAACGACGGGUGGAUGAAUAUCCAGCCCGAAGCUGAGUGCGUUGGGCUCGAGUUAGAAGAUUGGAUACUAGAUGAUCUAUUGGAUGAAGUUACAUAUGAGAUUGCGGGUUUCUAAUCCAGUUUUCAAAGGUGCAAUUUUCCUUCUCUUAAUGUACAUAUGUAUGUUUUGCCUUGUGAUCUGACUAUGAAAUUGGUCAUCCUUGAGCCAUUAUUUUAUGCGUUUGUACAGUUGGCAAAAAUGAUAUGUUUAUGUGUAAUUGUAUCAUCGAAUUGUCAGUGAUAAACUGCCAAAAAAAGGAAAGUAGUUAGAAUGGUGGGGUGAUUGUAUUCUUUCAUGUUUGUAUUUAAUCAAUGGAGUUAUGCUUGGCUUGCUUCAGUGUUAUUUUGGA